GAGCGAGCGAGGCUGUGGCGGCGAACACAGUGCAGCGGAGUGAGGGAGGCGGAGCGCUCGUCGUCCCUCCAUUCAUUGCGAGCAAAGUCUCUGUCUUCUGCUCACGCCUCCGCAGAGAGAGAGGUAUAGAGAAGGGAGAGAGAGAGCGAUGAAAGAACGGGGGAGGAGUCACAGCAUGUGAGCAUACUGACACAUCAGAGAGAGCAAAGAAAGCAACAACAGAAGAGACAGAGAGAUUUGAAGAGCAGCAGCAGGAGGAGAGGAAGGAAGGGAUCUGCCUGCUCGGAGGCCACAUCUGCACUUCCCUUCAGAGGGGAGGACAACGAUAUCUCCACUCGUCCUUCCUCCCUCGUUCCCCCUUCUUGCGUUCUAACCCCUCAGCUGUGCCGGAUCUCCUCCUUCCUGCAGCCUUCUGGAACAACACCAAAGAUUGCGAGAGAUGCAGGGGAGGACGCAGAAGAGGACGGCGGAGAUGAAGAGAUGACUAGUGUGUGUGUGACAGGCUUGCAUGUAGAGGCGACAGUUGCGAGCGUGUGUGUGUGGGAGUCCCCGAUCUCCUGCCGGCUUUAACUAGAUGGAAUCUGGCCCGGCCGGUUGGCAUGGAGAUGGAUGCGAGGUGCCUCCUCGCUCAGUGGACCGGUGCUAGCAAACAAACAACCUCUUGUUUUCUCUCGUCUCCUCUCCGUAUCGCCAGGCGAGUCCAGCAGCGUUAAGCGUGGGCAGUGUGUGUUAUUGUUUCUUUGGAUUCCCUUUUCUCUUUUUUUCCCAAACAGAAACUAAAAGUGAUUGAGAGAAACUCUGUGGACUCGCUCAUAAAUCCACAUGACUGACGCCCCCAUUCAAAGAAACUCUUGAAAGCCUGCAGUGUGUUUUUUGCAGCGAUUCCAGCACCCCGUUCGGGACAGUUCGGCUAAGCCAGAGGGCUGCAAGCUGGUGCUUUCCCCAUUUAUGUUUUGCCUCCCCUUAGUCCUCUUCUCCCUCCCUCCGUCCAUCCCCUGAGGCCCCAUUGUCAUCAUUAAUUUCUAUUGCGAGUCGCCCAUGAAUAAUGGAGGCGGUGGAGUCUCCUCUGGACUAGUGCCUUAAGGGGUGGGAGGCGUGAGGAAAAAGGAGAAGACAAGAGAACGGAGGGUUAGAAAGCAGAGAAGAAGAGCCGAGCGCUGGAGUGUACUCUCUCUACCUCUGUAUGAGAGCGAGGCGGAGGGGUGUGUCCAGCGCCGAACGGAUGAAUGGAAGAGCAGCCGACGGAGGCAGAGCUCAGGAACAACACGUGCUCUGACGACGAAAGAGAGGAGAGGACGAUCCUCAAUCGUUUACAUCCAGACCGCACCUUCCUCUACAACCAGCUGGAAUAAACAAAAGAGAUAAAGGAAGGAAAAAAGCAGAUCCAGAGCCUUUUCCCUGCUUUAAAUCUUCUUCUCUACGGUGUCUUCUUGUUUGUCUUUUAGAACAUUUGUUUGAAUGAUUCAGAAAUGGCGAAAUGGGAUAUCCCUGAAGCUUUGGGUUUUACAUUUUUGAUCCACUUUAAUUAGAAUCUCACUCAUUUAGACACCAGUUCUCUUUUGAAGGAAUGCUCUUCAAAGAACCAAACCAGAUCUGCUCAACUGGAGACUCGUUUGAAGGAAAAACAAGGCUUGUAGAGCUUUUUACAGACCUGGGAAAUGAGGCCAGUUUUGAAAAGAGGACAGUCUCUUAGAUAGACAACAACUUGCUUGGCAACUCCAAUCUGUUUUUGGAUGACAUGGCCUUUUGUUGACAGUCGAUGGACAAAGUAAGGAGGGGGUUGUAAUGUAACUUCCUCCACGCGGACAGACUUUCUGGAAAGUGCCUGAACUUUGUAUCUUUGUAAAAAGGAAACCAAAAAAGGAAGAAAAAAAAAAAGAUACCCGAGCUCACAGAAUCAUGGAUGACUCCAGUAUUUUGAGGCGCAGGGGACUGCAGAAGGAGCUGAGCCUUCCCAGAAGAGGCAGUUUAAUCUGGUCGCCGGCUCAGCUGCGUUGCCACGGCAACAGCAGCCUCCUCCAGCACCUGCUGUCCCCCACUUCCUUUCAUCCCUCCGUCGUUCAGCCCCCCGUCGUCACCCUCUCCCCCUUGUCGUCGUCCUCCUCCUCUCCCUCCCUCUGUUGCUCUGACGGCCCUCUGUCAGCCCCUGUUCACCAGCUGGGAAACCCCUUCCUCUGGAGCUGUCGGACGAGCAACAGGAAGAGCCUGAUUGUGACAUCCAGCACCUCCCCCACCCUGCCACGACCACACUCACCUCUGCAUGGACACACAGGUACCAGCCCCCUGGACAGCCCUCGCAACUUCUCCCCCAACACGGCUGCACACUUCUCCUUUGUUCCUGCUCGCAGUCACGGACACAGGGCUGACAGGACGGAUGGCAGACGCUGGUCUCUGGCCUCGUUGCCUUCCUCUGGCUAUGGCACCAACACUCCCAGCUCCACCGUCUCGUCCUCCUGUUCAUCUCAGGAGAAGCUCCACCAGCUGCCCUUCCAGCCCACUCCGGACGAGCUGCACUUCCUCACCAAGCACUUCAGCUCCGAGAGCAUCACGGACGAGGAGGGACGCCGCUCCCCCAACAUGAGACCGCGCUCCCGCAGCCUCAGCCCCGGGCGUUCGCCCAUCUCCUUCGACCACGAGAUCGUGAUGAUGAACCAUGUGUACAAGGAGAGGUUUCCCAAGGCGACGGCUCAAAUGGAAGAGCGUCUGGCUGAGCUGCUCUGCGCCUCGGCCCCGGAUAAGGUGUGCCCGCUGGCCGACGGGGUCCUGAGCUUCAUCCACCAUCAGCUGAUAGAGCUGUCCAGAGACUGCCUGGAGAAAAGCAGAGAGGGCCUCAUCACCUCGCGCUACUUCUACGAGCUCCAGGAGAACCUGGAGAAGCUGCUGCAAGAUGCUCACGAGCGCUCGGAGAGCGUGGAGGUUACCUUCGUCACGCAACUCGUCAGGAAGCUGAUGAUCAUCAUCGCCCGGCCAGCGCGUCUGCUGGAGUGUCUGGAGUUUGACCCCGAAGAGUUCUACCAUUUGUUGGAAGCAGCAGAGGGCCAUGCUAAGGAGGGCCAGGGCAUCAAGUCCGACAUCCCCCGAUACAUCAUCAGCCAGCUGGGCCUCACCAGGGACCCCCUGGAGGAAAUGGCCCAGCUGAGCAGCUAUGACAGCGGGAACCCAGAAACCCCAGAGACUGAUGACUCAGUGGAUGUUCAAAGCACCACAGUCCCAGCAGUUCCUCCACAGCCUAAAACCAAAGCACCUCGAGAGGAAGACUUUGAAAACAUCAAGCUCAUCAGUAACGGCGCCUACGGCACUGUGUUUCUGGUGCGUCACAAGGAGACCCGGCAGCGUUUCGCCAUGAAGAAGAUCAACAAGCAGAACCUGAUUCUGAGGAACCAGAUCCAGCAGGCCUUCGUGGAGCGAGACAUCCUGACGUUCGCAGAGAACCCGUUUGUUGUCUCCAUGUUCUGUUCCUUUGAGACCAGGAGACAUCUCUGCAUGGUGAUGGAGUACGUGGAGGGUGGAGACUGCGCCACGCUGCUGAAGAAUAUCGGGGCUCUGCCGGUCGAUAUGGCUCGUAUGUACUUUGCAGAGACCGUCCUCGCAUUAGAGUAUCUUCACAACUAUGGCAUCGUACACCGAGACCUGAAACCUGACAAUCUACUCAUCACCUCCAUGGGACACAUUAAGCUGACAGACUUCGGCCUCUCAAAGAUCGGUUUGAUGAGUUUGACCACGAACCUGUAUGAAGGACACAUAGAGAAAGACACCAGAGAGUUCCUUGAUAAACAGGUGUGUGGCACUCCAGAGUACAUCGCCCCAGAGGUGAUCCUGCGUCAGGGCUACGGGAAGCCGGUGGACUGGUGGGCAAUGGGAGUCAUCCUCUACGAGUUCCUGGUGGGCUGUGCGCCCUUCUUCGGAGACACACCAGAGGAGCUGUUUGGUCAGGUCAUCAGUGAUGAGAUCAUCUGGCCGGAGGAGGACGAAGCUCUGCCUCUGGACGCUCAGGACCUCAUCUCCAAACUGCUGAGACAAAAUCCUCUGGAAAGACUGGGCACAGGAAGUGCCUAUGAAGUGAAGCAGCACUCGUUCUUCACAGAGCUGGACUGGAACAGCCUGCUGAGGCAGAAGGCCGAGUUCAUUCCCCAGCUGGAGUCCGAGGACGACACCAGCUACUUUGACACUCGUUCUGACAGGUACCACCAUGUGGAUUCAGAGGAAGAGGACGACACCAAUGAUGAGGAACACGUGGAGAUUCGGCAGUUCUCCUCCUGCUCGCCUCGUUUCAGCAAGGUGUACAGUAGUAUGGAGCGCCUGUCUCUGCACGAGGAGAAGAGGACUCCUCCUCCCACCAAACGCAGCCUCAGUGAGGAGGGAGGAGAUCGUAUCGACAGCCUGAGCGGACUCAAGUCCAGAGAUCGAUCCUGGCUGGUGGGAUCUCCAGAGAUCCUGCGGAAGCGUCUGUCCGUCUCCGAGUCGUCCCACACAGAGAGCGACUCUAGCCCUCCGCUGACCGUCCGGAGACGCUGCUGCUCAGCCAUCAUUGAGAUGCCGCGCUUCGCCAUCUCCUCAGAGGAAGAGGGAGGUCAAGGUGCAGCAGGAAGUCGUAAGAGUCCCAGCGUUUUGGGUCCGAGCGCAGUGAGGGGCCCGCGGAGCGACGAGCUGCCCCUCGCCAUCCCAGAGCUCCCAGUGGAGAGAGAGCUGAAGCUGGACGAGUCUCCCACCACACCGAGCUCCACCUCCAGCCAGCUGAGCAAGGCCACGCUCACACCGGGUAGUUCAGGUGACGAUCGUGGUCACAGAGGUAACGGCGUUGCCAGUGGAGCUGCUAAAGUCGCAGCAGACAACGACUCUCCCUCCACCCCGAGAGCCAUCAGCGACCUGGCGGCUCGCAGGGCUCGCCACCGGCUGCUGUCUGGAGAGGCAGACAAACACACAGCGGCGCCGAGCUCCAGACCGCUCAACAAGGUCAUCAAGUCGGCGUCCGCCACCACGCUGUCACUGAUGAUCCCUGCAGACCACCACGGAGCCUCUCCAUUGGCCAGCCCGAUGUCGCCCCACUCGCUGUCGUCCAAUCCGUCAUCGCGGGACUCGUCCCCGAGCCGAGACCUGUCCCCGGCCGUGGUCAACGUCAAGCCCGCCAUGGUGAUCCAGAGAGCGGGCAAGAAGUACGGCUUCACCCUGAGGGCCAUCCGAGUAUACAUGGGAGACUCUGACAUCUACACUGUGCACCACAUGGUCUGGCAUGUGGAGGAGGGCGGUCCGGCCCACGAUGCGGGGCUGAGGGAGGGAGACCUGAUCACCCAAGUCAACGGAGAGGCGGUUCACGGUCUGGUUCACACAGAGGUGGUGGAGCUCAUACUGAAGAGCGGUCCCAAAGUGUCCAUCUGUGCCACCCCGUUUGAGAACACGUCCAUCAAGGUCGGCCCCGCCCGAAAGAUCGGCCACAAAUCCAAGAUGGCGAGACGCAACAAGAAGACCAAGACCAAGGAAGGACAGGACAGCAGUAAGAAGAGGACGUCUCUGUUCAGGAAGAUCACCAAGCAGGCGUCUCUCCUCCACACCAGCCGUAGUCUGUCCUCUCUGAACCGCUCUCUCUCCUCUGGGGAGAGCGGCCCCGGCUCGCCAACGCACAACCUGUCGCCACGGAGCCCGACGCAGGGCUACAGGUCCACGCCGGACUCCGCCCACUCAGUUGGUGGAAACUCAUCUCAGAGCAGCUCUCCCAGCUCCAGCGUCCCAAACUCCCCGGCGAGCUCCGGCCACAUCAGGCCCAGCUCCCUGCACGGCCUCGCCCCGAAGCUCCAGCGCCAGUACCGCUCACCCCGACGCAAGUCUGCCGGCAACAUCCCCCUCUCCCCUCUGGCCCGCACGCCUUCGCCCACCCCUCAGAGCAGCUCGCCGCAGCGCUCGCCCUCCCCUCUGCCCAGCCACGCUCUGGGACAGUCCGCGGUGGGUCAGUCGUUCCCGGUGAAGCUCCACUCCUCCCCUCCCCUGGUGAGGCAGAUAUCCAGGCCUAAGAGCGCGGAGCCUCCACGGUCUCCGCUCCUCAAGAGGGUGCAGUCGGCCGAGAAGCUGGCCUCCUCCCUCUCUAACUCCCCCUCGUCUCCCUCCGGGGUGGCGACGGCGGGGGCGUCUGUGGGGAGCCGGAAACACAGUCUGGAUAUCUCGCAUUCAGAGUUUAAGAAGGAGAUUCUGCAGAGAGAGCCGAGCCUACAAAGCCUUCAGGAGUCAGCCAGCGAGGGCCUGCUGUCAUCAGCAGGACGCAGCGUGGAGAAGGGCAGCCUGCAGAAACACUCCUCCUCAUCCAGGAAGCUAGGGCGCCAGGAAGGGGACGGCGCCCUCGGCCCGGUGUCCGGCUCGCUGGGCCUGGCCCCCGGGAAGAGCAAGCUGAAGGACAAGCUGUCCGCCAUCCGGCAGGACAGAGCCGAGCGGAGGGAGUCGCUGCAGAAGCAAGACGCCAUCCACGAGGUCGACUCAUCCGAGGACGAGACGGAUGAGGGCUCCGAGGACAGCCAGGACGGACGCAGGGGAUCGACCUUCACUCCUCCUCCCCUGCUGAGGCCCACCACUGUGAGAACGGGCCCCGGAGGCACGCUGCCGUCCCUCUGCCUCUCCCCCUGCACCCCUCACGCCACCUUCACCCACACGGGGCCCUCCCAGGUGGGCAGGCCCACUCCCUCGCACACCCUCCCCUCUGUUACUGAGACGAAGCCCGGUCAGAGUGCCUCCUCUCUGGGAGUAAAAGAUGCGAGGUCUGCCUCAUCUACAGAAGAGAGGAAGGUUCUGGAGCCGAGCGGUCCGGUAAAACCCCCUCAGGGCCCCCUUCCCUUCUCCACCCCAGGCAGUGCGUUCAUCUCAGUCAGCAAGGACACUUUCCUCAAGCCAACUCCUCCACAAGACUCAAAGAGUCUCAGGGGGAAGACUGCACCAUCAGAGGACCAAAACCUGGUCAGCCCUAGAACCACAGUCCCCUCUACCACGACCACCACGAACACCACAGACUCCAGAACCACCACCAGUACCACAGACUGCAGAACCACCACGAACACCACAGACUCCAGUACCACCACGACCACCACAGACUCCAGAACUACCACUAGUACUACAGACUGCCAAACCCCUGACAGCCAAGAGACGCCCCGCGCCUCCUGCUCCUCUCCCGGCAUCCCCAAGGAGAAGAAGGAGGCUGACAACCGGAGACUUUGUGCUGCAGCGGCUGCAAGUUUCAACGCGUCGCCCUCGUCCACUUCCGGCUCCAGCUCCAGUUCCAGCUCCCCGGUUCCGGCCCCUGAGAGUGCCGUGGAGAAAGUUGUGUCCCAGCUGGCGACGGUAGCUAAGAGCGUUCUGGGUCCCGUCAAACUGAGCACCGCUGCAGACAAGAAGGACCAGAAACCAUCCAGAGGUGGCACCCCAGAAGUCCCACCGACUGGCCCCCUCUCAUUUCCGUCUAAACAGCUCCCAACCCCUCAGUCACCUCACCUUUUGGAAAACAAACAGAAGACUGAGCCCCUUGCCUCUCCGACCACCUCGCAAAGGGCAGCCAAACCGUCAACCCAGAAAGACUUUGCCGCCCUGCCGGCAUCGUCCUGCAAGGACGUCCCAGAAAGGCCUACAUCAGGGUCUGCAGGUAGGGAGAAUGCUGCCACAUCUGCACAGCGGCUGGGCGCUGCAGCCACUCAGCCCGCCCUCAACGCACACCCCAGCUCCUCUGCAGCAUCUGAGCCACAGCGGCCCAGGAGGCCCGAACCCCAGACGACAACUGCCGCCAACGCCGCCGUGUCCGCCUCCUCGCAACAAGACAAAGCAACCAGCAAGAAGACGUAGCAGCAAAGAACCAGAACAAAAUGUACAGAUCAAACCACUCAAUGCUGGCUUAAGGUUUUUAGAACUCAACACAAACUGCAUGUUUGGAAGAAAAACACAUUAGUAACUUCGCACUAAUCGGAGAGUUUCAAAGCAAAAGGAAGGCGCAGAAGAGCUGUCAGACGCAGAGAGACAGAUGUGGUAGUCCUAGUUCCAUUCCAGCUGUUCUGUGCUCUUAAUGUUCAUGUGAGUUAUUUUGGUGUCCUGACUCUUUGGUUCCUGCUUUCAGUACUAAAUGCCACGGGGAGUUGGCAUUUUAUUUUUAAUUUUUUCUGCAAACAUAUACGGGGCUAGAAAUAAAGAGCUCAGUGGUCCGUGCACAUACAAUUUAAAUAUCACGAUCUUGCUUGUGCUGCCUCAUUACUCUUCACCUUGAUGUUUGGCAGAGCCUCCACGCAUGUUCCUCCGACAGAUCAGGACGUGCCUUACUGAACACACACUUCUCUUUGCCCGUCAACGUCUACCCAGCCACGACUGGAAGAAGAUUGUAUCUCAGCAAUAAAGCUCAGCGUAUGUUUAGCAAUCUGUGUAAAUGCAUUACAGUGUUUUUAAUAGGACUAAAUCUGCAACGUCAAUGAACACUCAGCACCCAGCUAACUAGGCCAAAUUAAAUCCUCUUCUCUCGCUGCGGUCCCCGGUGAUCCGAUUCUACAGGGCUGCAGGAGGGGGAGAUGUGUUCCCUGAGCACUGAUCCAAGGCGUGGUUCAGCGAUUGGAAGAGAUUCCUGGGAGUCGGUGCUGGAAUAGAUUAGAUUAGUUUGUGCUGAUUUAUCAAGUCUGCCGGCACAGGCUACAGUUUCAAUCCUAAACUCUGAUCGACUUUCCUCGCUCCUCACCCAGCUAUAUGUUAUUGGUGUUUAUUGUACCGCAACGCCAUACCUUUUUCCUAGAUUUUUGAAUGCAUUUUCCAAAGGCAUUCAUCUCUACCAACUAGCACAGAUUUGACUGUAUCUACAUCCAUGACAAUUUCAAGUUCCAAUUCUUUCCAAGUUGAUUGGAGACAUUUGAAAAUUUGGAAAGCAUCGACUGUCUAGAAAGUAGGAACAUUUAACUUAGGGUUGGGUGUCAAUUCUUGGAUCUGGUUCCAGGUUGGAAAAUACCCACAUUUGCUGAGCUCCGACAACUGACGACUCUCUUUUCCUCGCUCUUUUUUAUUAGCAAAGAGCAUCGCUAACCGCCGCAUCCAUGUGCUGCUGGUGGCAGCUUAUACAGUGUAUCGGCUGUAGCUAAUGAGAUUCCUACAAAUGCUGAAAGCUAAACCCAAAUGCGUUCAUGAGGGAUUUGAAAAAAACUUUAUGUUCCACAAGCUGAUUCAGUACUGGAUCAAAACCCAACCCUGGCAUAUUAGCAUUAGCAUGAUUACACAUUAGCCAUCGUUCUGGUUCUUGGCUCUAUAGCUCUGUCAGCAGAGUUCAGCAGAGAGGGGCCGUACACAUGUCACGCCUAAAACACGUGGAAAACGCCAGCUGUGCUGCUUUUUUUUCUUUCCAAUGUGCUGAGGAAGUUGCGCUCCUAUCGCGCCUGCCGUUACUAAGCAACCAAAACCUGGAUGACGAUGAAGUUGCGCUAAUUUAGCAGGAAGCCACACCGACUAAACUAAACACAAUCAAAACGAAGAUAAAUGGAUUUCUGAGCUUUCAACCGGAUGUUGUGCCGUCCUCGGACAGAAAGGUUGAGGCCAGGAAAAUAGUCCGUGGGACAGAUGGUUGGUUGUUCUUCGUCACAUGACAUGCGGUGAGAGCUGCGGUGUUCCAAAAGUUGAACUAUUUUUAUCUCGGGGCGCAGCCGUCACGGCCCGAAAAAUAGGCGCUUAGGAAGGCUUGCGUGCCGCAACAGUGUCGCUCUCACGUUCGAGCGCGCCUGCCACGCGUCUACAUUGACAAACACCGGAGCGCAAAACAUGCAGCAUGUGUAGCAGCCGGGCUUAUCGGAUGAGUUUUAACUCCGAACUUUAGAUUCAGUAUUUUAGUUCCAAACACGCAUACGGACAUGAAGCCAAGGAUUUCAACGCACACCUAAUUUUAUCGGUCGCUUGCACACACCUCCAACAUCUUCACCAACACUCAGCUGAAGGAUCCAAACUGAGCACGCUCAGACUGACUGUAGCCGCCUUUUUAUUUCUAGCCCCCCAUUCAGCCUCUGAAGGCUGCCGUAGUUUUAUUUGGUAUCUGGACCAACUUGCUGUGUUUUUUUUGCCUCUGAUCCUGUGAAGUCAUCAGACUUUACUUUGUUUAUGUGUGUGUGAGGGAGCGAGCGAUUUGUGCAUGGUUAUCUGUGUAUAAAUAUAUAUAUAUGAGAAUAUUUAAAGUUCUGUUGUGCAUCUGUUUUAUACCCUGAGUGUGUGUUGGCGUGUGUGUGUGUUUUAGGACUGUCCAGGACACCCUGCUACCUGUGUAUGUGGCCGAGCUCUCUGAUGUGUCGGGGCGUCGGGCUUUGCACAAAACUUUUAUCUCGUUUGUCAAAUGAAAAAGACGAAAAAUCACGAAAAGGAAAAGCCGGUCGAGAUGUUUGACCGCUGUGUGUGUUGGGUUGGAGCUCAGUUCUAACUGCUGCUUCACUGUAAAAUGCAGUUUGCCUGUUAAAAUCAAUUCCUCAUGUUUUUGUUUUAUUUUUUUUUCUCUUGGAUAUAUCCCCUUUAAUUUCGCCUGUGUUGUCCCGAUCUCGUCCCUGAUUCCUAUACUGUACAUUUGUAAGCAAGAGAAAGAUUUUUUUGUUUUGGUUUGUUUGACAUUUUUUAAGAAAAUCACCUUUCACUGAAUGCACGCCGAGCCUGGUGUGAGUCCACUCGUGUCGUACAUUUGAGCGUUUUCUGAAAAAAGCAGGAAGUUCCUCUCAUGACUUUAAGAUGAACUAAACCUCCCUCAGUGUUUUGUGUCUUUGCUGGGCUUGUGUGCUCGCGGAUUUCAGUCAAAUUAAGAGCUUUCCGCCUCAGUUUAAAGGACACUGUUAACACUGACUGUGGCAAUCUCUGUAAUAUGUUUACAUGUUUCUUGUUUUGUAUCUUUAUGUGUUGUUUUUUUUGUCAAUGGAACUCGUUGCCUGUAGCAAUCAAACCUCCUCUGACAGGCUGGGAUAAUUAUUGACAGCGUGUUUUAGGCGACUCCUGAUCAUAAUGUGGUGUGUUAAUAAUAUUUAGCUGUGUGAUGAAGAGGUCACCUGUGAUGGAGGACGUGUAGAAAGGAGGAAGAGUCAGCGCACAUAUGUCAAAAUCAUCUCCGUUCUUUGUGCACGUCGCGCUGGUCGUCUCAGAAGUGUGUUAGCAGGUGUGUCUGUGGAACAGAUCAGAGGCGCUGUAGGGAGGAAGCAUCUAUCAGCAGUACGCUUCGGCCAAUCAGACGGUCAGGACGUUGGUGACUAAUCUGUCUUUGGUGGCGUCAGACUUGAAUAGAUUUUGUCUAUUAACCGACCACAUUGGAUGUUAUUCAAAUACACGACACAAGCUUCUUUCCUCUUAGCGUGGUGUCAUCGGGAAAAUGAGAUGCAGAAACCAGUAUGCAGGUCAGAUUUGAGAGCGAGCACGGACAGAUUCGUAAGCGCUGAAGAAGUUUUGGAGCAAGCGAAGACACUAUUGUGAGCAUCUAUAAAGUUUUGAGCCCAAAAGACAAGUUUUGUCUGUAGAUUUGAGUGAGCAACAAGUCAGGUUUGGACUUGGUUGGCCGAUAAACUGGAUUUUCUAAUCUCCGAGGCGAAUGAAUCUUGUGUCUUUAGUGGAUUCAGAUUCUGUAAAAUGGCAUCAAACCUGAAACCAAGCAAAACGUUUCAGUUCUUUCUUCAGUUUUGACAGUUUGUAUUCUUCAGUUCAACCUAGAAAUAUAUUGUUUCCCUGUUAAAUUCCACCUUCUAAGUAACAUCAGUGAGUUCAUGAGGUCAUGGUUUAAGUGCCCAGACACACCAACCCAACAUCAGAGAACUAGUGGCGACGAAGGCCGUCUGUUAAGUCCCCUCACGUCGCCUUUGGCUUGGCCAAAAAGUUGCACUCGAACACACCGCAAAGACUACAGCCGACGGUCAACUAGCACGUACGUUCUGCGCCUGCAUGAGAUGAAAUAACUCUCCACACCAGCAGGUAGUGGUAGUCCGUAUUCAAUAUUCAAAAAGGGAAACCGGAAGAGCGAGGACGGCAGAUAUACAAGCCGUUGUUAUGUUACGUACAUGAAACAAAGCGCCGUUUGCCGACCAUUUUCACACCACUCUCACUCACCGCUUAGCUUCAUUCCAGAUGGCUAUGUCGCUGUGAAAAUAUCCGUGUAUUGAAAUGAUCAGAUGAGAUGAAGAUGAAAAUCUCUGUGUGUCCCCUCUUGACUUUCCUCGUUGGCUUGACCUAUGUUUCUCUUCUCGUGCACUGAUUCGUUUAAGCUGAACAGCCAAUCAAAGUGAUUUCUCUCACCGACGGGUGCCGCUGCCAAUUCAACAUGCUGAAUCGGCCUAAAAGCCUCCGACACGUGCAGACUAGAGCCGAUGGUGCGGGACAAUGUCCGACGGCCGACCGUCGGCUUUGUGUGUCAGGGCCUUAAAGAGAUUAUGACACUUUGUGCUCAAAAUCUGAGAGCGGAUUUCAAACUAGUGGCACCAAACAUCUGGAUUUUUUUUUUACUUAAAGCUAGAACUAAAACUUGAGCAUGAGUAUCAGCUGAGAUUAUCACAGAUAUAUCAGUAUCACUCCUGGUGUUGGGGAAUAAGUUACAAGAAAUGUCAGUACAGAACUGCCAAAGAUAUGUUUUAGGUAAUUUAGAAACUGUGUCUCUGUUAUAUAGUUUUUAAGGGAAACAAACAUGACGUUCGUGUCUAUGUACACGACUCAAUACAUUCAAUUUCGUGAUUAUUUUACAAACUCCCGUGCGACUGGGCUGAAGAUUCAAUCAAGUAUCGGUGUGUCAAAAAAACUCCUGUUGGAUUCUACUUGAAACCUGUUUGUUGCUCAGUGAUUUGUCCCUGUGUGCUCUGGAGUCCUGACUAAUUAAUUACAGACGGGUUCAUUCAGUCCUGAAAUUUGGUUCUUGCUCAGUAGUUUUUGUCACUAAAAACCUCUCAGUAGGAGUUGUGAUCGGCGGCUUUAAUCUCUUCAGAGUUUCUGUUUUAAAUUCUGAUUAAGCACCGCUGUCGACUUCAGCUGCAGUUGUGAUUUUCCGUUUGCAGUUGGAACCUGAGUGUUUGUGUGUAAUCAUGCACCCUCCAGUCCAUCUGCUCUCAGCUGGUCGUCCUAUUAGUGCUACAUGGACAGCUGCCUCAUGUAAACACACACACACACACACACACACACGCACAGAUCAAUACUUGUGCCAUCUAAUGUAGCGGUGCCAGUUUCGCUGUCUCCACUGACAUUAUAAAUACACACACACACAUACAUACAUACCAAUACGCCCACACACACCUUCUCCCGUGUGUAAAGAUGAUGGUCCAGCCAUCUGUUGGAGAGUGAAGCAAGUGUCAGGUUCCCUGGUGGAGUCAUUAAUCUCAAGCCCUGAGCCUGUUGACCGCACACACACACACACACACACACCCACACACAGAGACAGGGUCAGGUUGGCCAACACAAACACUACCCAGCCCUCCCUCAGGCUCCUCGGUCCCGUCCCGGUCCGGUCGGUUCAGCAGUUACACUGUUAGCAAUUUGUUCGACCUCCAGCCUGUGUUUACCCAUCAUGCACCUCUGCUGCUCCCUGGCAGAGGCCCACAAAACCAGACACACACUACCACGGAAGUUCGUUAACCAGCUGAGAAGUCAAAUUCAAACUGUAAUCAGUCUGAAAGUCGGUGAUUUGAGAGCACGUGUGUGGAAUCGUGUCACCGUUUUGUGUCUCGUGUCAGUCUCGCGGCAUACACGAGUCUGAACGUGAUUGACAGGCAUCAUGUUGAUUAACGUUAAACCACAAUAUCACUAUAUAUUUCAAAUGCUUGGCAGUUUCUCCCCCUCCGACGUCGGUCACAUUCCUGUUUUGCAAGACGGGCUUCACUACAUAUAACUUUGUUUUUUUUGUACCUCCGUGGACUUUGUGUUGGAGUCUGAGUUGUGGUGGGGGCUGGUCGUUUGUUGGCGUCCAUUUCUAACAGAACGUCAGCUAUGGUUGCACACUGUUAGACCUGUAAGCGGGGCUUAAAUUAAAGUCAAUCGCGAGCGUGCGUGCAUGACAUCACAUCCGUUAGAUUUUCCCAGAAAACCGUCCCACAUUCUUCACAUUACAAGCAGUCUACAGGCUGAUAGAGGAAACCCAGAAAGUCGCGGAAGGUCUAAUUUUGUAGGUUAGGUUACAACCUGUGACACAUAUACGUGUAAAAAAAGUUAAAUACAAUCCCUUUAAAUGCUUUACAAACACAAGCAUCUUCAUAAUCCGUACUUUGAAAACCAUCACAUCAAAGAAAUAAGUAUUCAAGAUCACAAAUCUCACCUGACCAUUAAUUCCCGGUACCUGAUAGUUAAUAAUGCUCAAUGACAGGGACCUUAGCUCAGAAUUUAACGAAACAGUUGCAGGGAAACCGUGCAGACAAAUCUACCCUCGGAGAUUUAUUACAUCUAUUUUUUUUUCUGUUCUCAUCCGGUAGUUUUAACAUUAAUUAACUUCCGUACAUAUUACUGAGUCCUGUCAAAACGGCUGCGGCAAACUUUCCAAACUGAAAGUUAAAACGUACUUAAUUUGAGUGUGGACCAAAACAAGAUUUUGAGCAUUUAAAACUUGCAUCUGACUGUGUCCCUGCUCGCUACCAGAUAUCAGAUCGUGACUUCCAGAUUGAUAUAGGCAUCAGUUGUGGUUUUGUCACCAAUUAGCUUCCGUACACCUCUGACUCUAAGCAUGUAGAGUAACCAGCUCUGUCUGUGAGGCACAUCAAUGAUUCAAACAUGUUACUUUGGGUAUGACGAGGUGAAGCCUUAUUACCACUAACACACACACACACACACACACACACACACACACACACACACACACACGUUCUGAACCACGUUACAUGAGAUUCAGUGAUGUUUCAAUGUGCAGUCCGUUAAGCUCGUAUCUGUGUCUGAGAGGGUCGAAAGCCGACUUUUAUGGACUCUUGCAGACGAGGGCAGUAUUUCCAAGCCGUGUGUGUUUUGUGUUUGUCUUUAAAGAGCGAUGAAGAGGAGGAGGAAGAUUCAGCUGUGCACCGUAAAAGCUUGAGAAAGACGUUAAGAGAGAGAGAAAAAUACAUUGCUAGAGUAAAACCAGUGCAAUAUCUUUUUAUUUUUUAUUGUGGUAAAAGCAUGUUGUUGUCAAUCUUACCUUACAACAAUAAUAAAGGUUUUUUUAUGUACUCUU